AUGGAUCAUACGGGAGGGUGCUGUAUAGCGCGGUACGCCGGGGGUGCGUACGAUAUCUCUAAGGUGGAUAGGAUAAUGCGGAGGUUUCGUCCAAUCGCUCCAAAACCGGCUUCCACCAACGGAUCUGUUUCCGGCGGCGGAAGCUCCAGUUCCGCCUCGCCGGAGAGCAGCGGAGCGGCCUCUAUGAAGACCAGCCGCCGCAAGAGGAGGCAUGCUGUCAAAGACGGCAGCUGUGGUCGGAAGAAGAGGAGGUGUUCGCCGGAGAAGAAGGAUAUCAAGACGCUGUCGCUGCUUCCGGAGGCGCCGGGGGUGAGAGAGCCGGCGGCGGCGGUGUCGUCGAAGCCGAAGUAUCCUCUGUGGCUGAGCUUCGAGAACGGGGGGCGGCAGGUGGAGCGGAGGGAGGUGGCAGCGUCGUGGGUGAAGGUCGAAUGCGUGACGAACACGUGGAUGGGGGAUUUGUAUCCGUACGGGGACGGGGAGAGGGUGAGGAGGCUGGAGGGUGACGCGUGUCCGGGUUUCGUGACGGACGGGCUGAGGAGGGUGAGGUGGACGAACCCGGCGUACAGAAGGAUGGCGGCGGGGGAGGGGGAGGUGGUGGUGGAGGAGGGGGUGGCGCUGCCGGCGAGGUGCGCGGGGUUCACGUGCAAGGUGAGGGUGGUCACGGGCGGGAACGAGAAGGCGUCCAAAACGGUGCCGUGCGACGUGUGGAGAAUGGAGUGUGGAGGGUUUGCAUGGAGGCUCGAUACCGCGGCGGCGCUGUCGCUAUGGAUCGGUAAUUAG